AACCAAUCUUUUCUAUCUAAUCUUUACUUUUAUCAGUUUCUAUUAUUUUGUGAUUUUAAAGGACUAAGUCCAGCUCUAAAGCUCUGAAAACCCAGCAGGCUUUCUAUCUUAAUUACAGCUAACAUAUGUAUUAUUGUAAUUCUAAAUAGAUUAGUUGUUUACUUACAGCUUUAUUAAGUAUUAUCUAGUGAAGCCUGGCCUUCUUGAACAACCGACUGAAGAAUGUCACAGACAUUUUUCAGCUUUAUUUUUCUUUUCUCAAAACCAAUGAUGAUUCAAGGAAUCUCUAGUGGUUGUCAAUAUAAUUGGAGACAGCACAUUUGAGAAUUCUAUUCAUUGGAUUUGAUGAACUGAGAAUUGAGAUGGGCAUCACUGGCGAGCUGGUUAGAAGCGUCUUCUCUAGGAACAGGUCCUUUGGGACUCAAGACACCAGCGCAAAAAGUAAUGUGAACGAUAAGAAAAGAUGGAGUUCAGUCAGAUCAUACAUCUGCGGAGAUGAAUUUAAUUCAGUCCUGGCAGAGGAAGAUUCAACAUCAGUUAAGAGCUCGGAAGCGACAGUUACACAGCCUAUACCAGAAGGCUUAAGGGACAAAGGAGACAUCCAGAGUGAUGAGGACAAGCGUAACUCAAUUUGGAAACUGUUCCACGAGGAAGACGCAGCUAUCGUUAUUCAGUCAGCAUUUAGACACUUUCUGGCUAGGCGUCAAAACAGAGAAACCAAAGCAAAGGAUGAUAAACAGGAGCCUCGCCAAGGGAAUGAAAGCCCAAGUAGGGAGUCUAUCGGUACGUCAAUUGAAGUUCAAACUGGAAAUUCUGUGGAAGUUUUCUCAGCUCGAGAAGAAAGCAAGGUAGUACAUCACCGAAUGCAACAUAAACCCAAAGCUCAGGUUUUAAAGAUAAAGGAAGACUGGGAUGACAGCACGGUGAGCAGCAACAUUUCGAAAAUGAGGAUUCAGAACAAACUGGCAGCAAUGACCAGGCGUGAGAGAGCUCUGGCCUAUGCAUUUUCGCAACAGCUGCGAAUUUGCUCAAAGAAAAAACAGGCAAAACUUGAAGGAAUGGAAGAGAACAUGAGCUGGAGCUGGCUAGAACGGUGGAUGGCAACCCGUGUUCCUGAAAGCUCAUUAGUUGAAAAUAAUUGGAGCAAGCAAUUUGAACCGAUGGACAGCAAUGGAAAGUUUGUUGUCAGGAAAAGAAUUAUAGAUGUAGCAGGUGAAGAGAAAGAAAGUUGCGGAUCUAAUGAAGUAUCCGUCCACCUAGAAACCAUAUCGGUGACAACUCCCAAGGAAAAUGAUGGCAACAGUCCAUCAAAGAACAGGCUUAACGCUACAAGAAGCAUAUCGAGGCGGAAAACUGGACCAAGCUAUCAGCUAUCUAAAAAAUCUGGCAAGGUAAACAAGAAAGAUGGUUCAAAGGAGAGUGAGAAAUAUAAAACACAAAAGCAAGCAGUUAGGAGCCCAGAAAGAAAUCAAAUGCAACGAAGCUUCCGAUCAACUGUCGCUGAAUCCUUUAACCUCCUGACCUUUCGGUUUUUAAUCCCGUUUGAGAGAGAAGUUAUUACUCCUGGUGCUGAGAACCACUCUGUGUUAUACGGCUUCGACAUAAUGGUUGGGUUCCCCUGUAAAUGCUGUCACUAAACCAUCGUUUAAUCUGUAAAUUCCAUGAGUGUUAAGUACCAACCAAUAAAGGCUCUUUAAUGUAGCUGAAUUUGCA